AGUCCUCUGCCACUCUACUCCUCUCCCCAGGGGUAUACCCUUCCAGAGAUUUAUCUCUAUCCAUACAAACAAGGACAUGUAGAUUCCACUAGACUUCCAGGAGGGUUGGGAUUUUUGUCAGUUAUGGUUGCUAUUGAAUCCCCAGCAUCUAGAACAGUGCUUGGCACAUAGGAAGUGAUUAAUAAGUCAUUGGCGAAAGAAUGAGUACUUGUUUUAGAACCUGGAAUGGGGUCAUGAAGAAUGAGUAGUUUACUGGAAAGGGGACAGGCAUUCCCAGGAGAGGGGACAGAAAAUGCAAAAGCAGGAGUGAUGCUUGAAAGCAUAAGGAAGGCAAACAGUUUGGAAUGGCUGAGAGGGUGAGCGAGAGUUUGGCUGAGGCCAGAACUUAAAGGGCCUUUCAACUCCCAGAGACACUUCCUGUGGCAAAGAAAAGAGGUAGUGAGCUGGUGUUUCAGGAUGUGAGGGCCUGCAGGAGCAGAGCCAGGCUCUCUCUGCUGCCUGCCCGCCACCCUGCAAGCUCUGGCCGGUGCUGCCCACAGUCCCCAUGGUGGGCACCCCCCGUGGCGGGGACCGGUGAACAGCGGCGGCAUGCCAGGGAAGCCCAAGCACCUGGGCGUCCCCAACGGGCGCAUGGUUCUGGCUGUCUCAGAUGGAGAGCUGAGCAGCACAGCAAGGCCCCAGGGCCAGGGCGAGGGCCGAGGCAGCUCCCUCAGCGUCCACAGUCUCCCCAGUGGCCCCAGCAGUCCCUUCUCCGCCGAGGAGCAGCCUGUGGCCAGCUGGGGCCUGUCCUUCGAGCGGCUGCUGCAGGACCCACUAGGCCUGGCUUACUUCACUGAGUUCCUGAAGAAAGAGUUCAGUGCCGAGAACGUGACUUUCUGGAAGGCCUGCCAGCGCUUCCAGCAGAUCCCUGCCAGCGACACCCAACAGCUAGCUCAGGAGGCCCGCAACAUCUACCAGGAGUUCCUGUCCAGCCAGGCACUGAGCCCGGUGAACAUCGACCGGCAGGCCUGGCUCGGAGAGGAGGUGCUGGCCGAUCCCCGACCCGACAUGUUCCGGGCACAGCAGCUUCAGAUCUUCAACUUGAUGAAGUUCGACAGCUAUGCACGCUUUGUCAAGUCGCCGCUGUACCGCGAGUGCCUCCUGGCGGAGGCGGAGGGACGCUCCCUGCCGGAACCUGGCUUCUCGCGCCUCUGCAGCCCAGAUGCCACCAGAAAGAAGCCGAAGCUGAAGCCCGGGAAGUCGCUGCCUCUGGGUGUGGAGGAGUUGGGGCAGCUGCCGCCGGCUGAGGGCCCUGGGGGCCGCCAGCUCCGCAAGUCCUUCCGCAGGGAACUAGCGGGCACCGCGGCAAAUUCGGCCUUGCGACGAGAGUCCCAGGGCUCCCUCAACUCCUCCGCCAGUCUGGACCUCGGCUUCCUUGCCUUUGUCAGCAGCAAAUCUGAGAGCCACCGGAAGAGCCUUGGGAGCUCAGAAGGUGAGAACGAAAGCCGGCUAGGGAAGUACUGCUGCGUGUACCUGCCCGAUGGCACCGCUUCCUUGGCCCUGGCCCGACCUGGCCUCACCAUCCGAGCCAUGCUGGCAGGCAUCUGUGAGAAACGUGGCCUCUCUCUACCUGACAUCAAGGUCUAUCUGGUGGGCAACGAGCAGAAGGCCCUGGUACUGGAUCAGGACUGCACAGUGCUGGCGGACCAGGAAGUGCGGCUGGAGAACAGGAUCACCUUCGAGCUCGAGUUGGCUGCACUGCAGCGCGUCGUGCGGAUCUCCGCCAAACCCACCAAACGGGUACAGGAGGCGCUACAGCCUAUCCUGGCGAAGCAUGGCCUGAGUCCGCAACAGGUGGCGCUGCGCCGGCCAGGUGAGCAGCAGCUGCUGGAUCUAGAGAAGCUAGUGAGCUCGGUGGCGGCCCAGAGACUGGUUUUGCACACCCUCCCAGGCGCGAAGAUUUCAGAAGCCAGUGACACAUCCCCGUGCUGUAGCCAGGGAGGCCCACCUAGAACCCGGGACAAGGCCACCCAUCCCCCUCCACUGCCCCUCAACUCGCUGGCCGAGGCGCCCAGUAGUGUCAUUGGGAAGCGACAGACCUGUGACAUUGAAGGCCUGGUAGAGCUGCUGAACCGGGUGCAAAGCAGCGGGGCUCACGACCAAAGGGGCCUUCUGCGCAAAGAGGACCUGGUGCUUCCAGAAUUUCUGCAGCUGCCUGCCCAAGGGUCCACCUCCCAGAAGGCCCCACCACAGACUGAAUCAUCAGCCCAUCCCAAAGGGGGCCCCUCAGACUCUACUGCCCACUCGGUCCUCUGACAGCUGUCCAACAGCUCAGGCUGGCUGCAUGGCACCUGGCGGGCCGAGCAUGCAAUAGGCCCGCUCUGCAUGCCCUGUCUGUGCCAUGAGUGUCUCUGGCCCCUUCCUGCCACGGGCAGGCCCGUAGGAAGAGCCAGGAUGGGGUGGAGAGGGGCUCAGAGUAGCCACACCCCACAGCUGCCACCACUUGGUCCCUCACAGGCUUACCCACCCAUCCCUUGCAGCCAGGCCAGUAGGUGAAGGUGGGCCUCCCCAUUCUUCCCUGUGUAGGCAUGCCCAACACAGAGGGGUGGCGUUGGCAGUGCCAGCCUCCCCACCCUGUGCCAAGCCUCAUCAGGGAGCAGGAGGAGGGGCCAGCCCCUCCUCAGGGAACAGGUAUGAGUAAAGCCUGGGGGUCCAGGUGAGCAGCCCCUUCCUCUACCCACUGGACUCUACCAGAUAUACAGAUUUUGCAUUUGGUUUGGGGCAGCUGGGUUUGUCCUGGAUGUAUGACAUUGUUAUUAUAAUAAUUAAUAUUCUGCCAUGUGGGUGUUCCUUGUGUACCCUGUAUCCCCCCUGCCCCCCUUCCCUCUCCCCCCAAAACCGCACUGCCUCUGUCACCAAGUUCACAGUACCCAGAAGCUCUUGGGGACCUCAGGAUGUAUCCUUUGACUUCCUGUUAUCAGAACCUCUCUUCCUGACUGCACAGAGCAUGGGGUGUGAGUGUGUAUGUGUGUGUGUGUGGGGGGGGAAGACCCCUCUGGGGAGCUGCGCUUCUGCCAGGUGUCAUCAUGCUGUUCUUCAGUCUCUGAUCUGAGUAGUGCCUGGUUGCUGUUUUCUGUUUCUUUUGUGGACUGAGUGAGUCUCUAGCCGCAGUUCCUUUGGAGGCACCGAAGGCCUUGUUGGGGACACUGGGUGUUGUGGUAAGGGCAGGUUCUGCCACUUGCCUUCUUUGGCUGGGUGGUCUUCCCUGUCUCCCAUCAGCCAGGGAAACCUCACACAGGGAGGGGCAGCAGGAAAGACCUCCCAGAAUGAGGGCCCCAGCCUGCAGGCAGAGAAGCCAGACUCUGUCCUGGUGCUUUCACAGAGGAAGCCAAGGGGAGACAGGAGCCUGGAGAAGGAAUCUGGGAAGUGAGUGGCCCUCCUGACCCCCUCAAACAGGCUGAGCUCUCAUCCCCACUCCAGCUCUUUGCACUUGCUCUCCCCUCCACCAGGAUCUCCCCACACUCACCCUCAUCAUAUAACUGGUUCCUCAUCCUUGAAAUUUCUGGGAGAGAUCCAUGGGGUUUGCUGGCCCACCGUGCCUUUCUCUAGAAGUUGAAGCCAAGCCUUCCUGAGAGAAGGGGCUUCAGCUCUCUGCUCUCUCAGUCUGUGUUUAACUGUGUUGACCUAACCCCUGGCUGCUGGCGUGAACUCAUGCCCAGACCCAACCAAUCAGUUUGUUUCAGGGAUGGUCCUCUCACCCAAUCAGAAUCCCAAUCCUGGUCAUUACCUAUCAUUUCCUGGGGAUUUGCAGAAAGGACCUGCAGGAAGAGAACCUGCAUGUGAAUGAGGGCAACACAGGACUGAGAGAUGGAAGGAGAUUCCUGAUAAAAUUAUCUAAACACCUAAAUUCACAUAUGCCCGAAGUCCUAGACUUCCUCGUUAGGCAAGCCAAUACACUUUUCCCAUGUGUGUGAACUUGUUACUCUGUAUUGGGUUUCUAAGAUCUGCACCCACAAAAGCCCUGCUUCAUUGAAGACUUUGGCUUAAACAUCUCAGAGGAGCCUUCCCUGGUCACUUUGUGCUGUGACCUAAAUGUGUGUAUCCCACCACACUCGUGUUCAAAUCCAGACCCCCAAGGUGAUGGUGUUAGGUGGUGGGGCUAGGGGGAGGUGAUUAGGACAUGAGGGGAGAGCCCUCAUGAAUGGGAUUAGUGCCCUUAUAGAAGGAGGAGCUCCCUCACUCCUCCCACCAUGUGAGGACACAACGAGAAGAUGUCCCUCUCAUCUACAACCUGAAGAGCGCUCCCAUCAGCCCCCAACCACUCUGGCAACCUGAUCUUGGGCUUCCAGCCUGUAGAACUGUGAGAAAUCCGCUUCUCUGGUUUAUAAGCCACCCAGUCUCUGAUAUUUUUAUUGUAGCAGCCCAAACGGACUAUGACACCCUAUAUAAAGUGCUCCCCAAUUUUGUUCUCUA